AUGAGCCCCGAAGAGUUGGCCAGCUUUGCACGAGCAAUUUCAAACUUCCCCCAAGAGCACAUUGACCACCUAUAUCAACUCCUCCUUCGACUGCAAGAGACCCAUGUCGACCCUGAAUUGGACCUGAUCCGCUCUGAAUAUCAUGCCCUCUCUUCAGAAGAUGGCAUCGACACCCUGCCCAACGAUCCAUAUCUUCAGUGGCUCAUCGAUCUAUUCAAUUCCGAUGCGCACUCCUCUCUUUACACCAAUUUCCUCGAUGUCCUAGACGAAGCCCACAUUGACAUUACCGACGCUGGUACAAACACGGACGUGGAGACUGACCAUGGGCGUCACGCAGGGCCGAUGGUUGCUUCUUGGGAACCCCGACCUUUUGAAAGAUCACAUAGUCCCGACACAUUCAACGAACACGAUCCAAGAUGGCGGCAGGCUAUCGCAUUAGACCAUCGGAAAUUGGCCAGUCAAGCACUCGAAGCAUGGCGCGACGGACUGCAAAGAAAGAGAGAAGCUCUUCUUGAUUAUGAAGAUGCUCGCGCAAACGAAUUUGCUGAUCAAUUCUACCACAAAACACUUGCUCGAAAAGCGGUCUCACACUGGCGCAAUACAGUGAAGGAGAUGCAAAACCUCGAAAGAGUUGCUAUUGAGCACCGUGCCAGGAAGGAUGCUAUUACUGCCCUCACGAGUUGGACCCUUGGCGCGCGAGAAGGCUUGUUCAAGAGAGUCCGGGAUGAACGCUUGCUCUAUUCCUCACUAGGCAUGUGGCAGGGUAAAGUUGAUGCAAUUCGGGAAAUGCAACAGAAGGCCGAUAUACAAUAUGAAACACAUGUUACUCAACAAGUGCUUGUGAAGCUGUUCACAACAACCAGUCAACUUCAAGAAGACCAGACCCAAGCAGCUCUGACUUACAAACAAAUACUGAGUCGGAAGAUACUGAGACUGUGGCGGGCACAACUCAACAACCUUGGAGCUCUAGAAAAAAAGCGAGAAAGUCUCAUGUCCACAUUUGCUGGCAGACAUGUCCUGCGAUUGUGGUAUGACCGCACUCGGAGUCAAAUCGAUGAGAAACAAGCUCUCCUCGCCCGAGAGCAGAUGCUGAAAGUCAAAUUCUUCCGCAGAUGGCAAGCUUACGUCAAACAAAGCAAAGAAGCCAAAUACACCACUGCCUACCAAAGGAUGAGGAGAAAGGUCAAGGUUGGGAUUGCAACGGCAGUGCUCACGAAUUGGAGACAGCAGGUUUCCAAAAUCAGGCGAAUGCGAGAUGUCGCCGACGAGUUUCGAGCUCGCCGAAACGUCGAGGCUGAACACCGGCUUGCAUUGGUUGCAAUCAUGUCAAUGUACAACAGAACUCAGCAAGUUGACAAUUCAUUGCAGCAAGCUCAAAAGUUCCGCCGCGAGAAGAUCAUUGCACGACUUGAGAUAUUCGGUAACAGAUGGCUGUUGCCGACAAGACAAAUCAUGGUCAACCAGCGCACUGCCGACAACUACCACUCCAUCAAAACCGCAGGAUACACCUUGUCGCGAUUACGGAGUUGGCGCAAUGUGACUUAUCGGGUCAAGAGACUAGAAGACGACGCUGAUCGAUUGACCCAGCGCAAUGAGCGCAAGAGAACGGCCGACUUGCUACAGAAAUGGCGACGCGGAGCAAUCAAAUUGAACUCGGAAGUUCAAGGUAUCGAAGAGAGGCUAUUGCCCGUCACCCCAGCGGCGAGACGGAGUCAGUUGCUAGCAUCGACUACGCCAGCCUACACCCCUGCAUCCGCUCUUUUUCGGAAGACACGAGCUUUGAAGGGAUAUCGAGAGGAGGAUGAAGAUUGA